GAUCCUAUCUCAAAAAAGGAAAAAAAAAAUUCAUUUGUGUCAGAUAAUUUGGAUGGAAUUUAAACGUUUUUCUUAUAUAACCCGUCCUAUAUUUAUUUUUAAGAUUGUCAGUCUUACUACUAUUCUUCAUAUUGGAGAAAAAAGAAAAAAAGGAACUGAGAAUCCUGCUUUUUUUCUGUUAUUUGUUAGCAUAGUUUGUUGCCUGCAUAAUUAAAUAAUACUUGAUGUCCAAGUAAUGUUCCUACUUGUCACUGCUGCCUUCCUUUGUAAAACGUAAUCUAAGCUGCCAUUGCUGUUUUUCUUUGUUUAUGAGGUAAGUUGUUAGCUAUCUGUGGCAUUUUUCUUUUCUUUUGGGCAUGUCUUGGUUCAUUCUGUGAUACUUAGCUUUCCUAACAGUAUUCAUACAAGUCUCAACAUUCUUAUGGGCUCACAUCACUCCUAAAUGCACUAAAAUCAGCAUACACUAGUAAUGUUUUAUCCAGAAUAAAUCACCAUAAAGCAGCACACAACUGAUUGCAUGCUGUAAGAACUGGGUUUAUUAUUGAUCAGAAAUUUAACUUUUGCCUAUAUACAAAGUAAAUCCAUAUAUAAUAAUAUCUAAAAUCAAAGUUUGGGCCUUAGUGAGCUUGGCCUCAAUAAUUGAAUAAGAAAUUCCUUGGAGGGGAUUAAUAUAAACACAUAAAUAAAUAAGGCAGCUGUGCUGACAGAAAAGUAAAAGAUUAGCAAAAAUGUGACAUGAUGAUAAUGACAAAGUUAAACAUGAUGAUAAUGACAACCAUUCAUUUAUGUGAUUAAAAUGGGAAACUUAUAAUCUUAAAAUAAGUCAUAAUCUUAUGGCUAAUUUUAUUGCUUUGUGAAGGGCUUCACUCUGAAUAUGAACAAGUCUAUCCACUGUCAGAUGCAGUCGAUAUUAAGCCAAAUGAACAAUCGUAUUGCAAGAAGUAUACAAAUGUGUUAAAUACAAUAGGAUUCUUAAAUACUCUAAUGGUUGUAAAUGUUAGUAUUUAGCUAACAUUUAGCCACUGCCUACAAGAGUACAAGGCACUGUUCUAAGCAAUAAGGAUGCGGUAAUGAACAAAGCAGACAAAAAUUUCUGCAUUAUGGAGUUUGUAUUCUAGUAGGGGUAAGGUUUGGAGAGUCAGAAAAUAAGAUAAAUAAAUACAUCAAAUAGGUUAAAACUAUAGGAUUUUACAGAUCACUGCUGUCCAAUGGAAAUACAAUGUAAGCUAUGUAUGUAAUUUUCAAUUUCCCAUUAGCCAUAUCAAAGUGUAAAAAGAAACAGGUGAAAUUAAAUUUUCAUACUUUUAAUUUUUGAAUAAUUUUUAAUUUACAAAAAAUUCCAAGGAUAUUAAAUAGUACAGAGACUGCUGUAUACCGUUCCUUCAGUUUUUCUGUUGUUAAGAUCUUGCAUUACUGUGAUACAUUUUUAAAACUAAGAAACCAAAUUGGUACCUUAUCAUUAACUAAACCUCAGACUUUAUUUGAAUUUUACUAAUUUUUCCAUUAAUGGCAUCCUCCUGUUUCAGGAUCCAGUUUAUGAUAUCACAGUUCAUUUAGUUGUCAUGUCUCCUUAGCCUCAUCUGGUCUGUGAUGGGGUGGUAUUAAUUUUAAUAAUGUAUUUUAUUUAACUUAAUAUAGCAAAAAUAUCAUUUUACUAUUUUUAAAAUUAUCGAUGUUUAUUACUUUUUCAUAUUCAGUCUUCAAAAGCCUGAGUGUAUUUUAUACUUUACAGUGCAUCACAUUUCAUACUCAGAUACUUUCACUGGAAGUACUUCAUCUACAUUUGGAUCUCACAAAAUUUACAGUUGAAAAAGUAAGUUCAUAUACUUACGUUCUUCCCAGUAUAAACAUCUUCCAAUAAAUUCAUGACUAAUGCCAGUUUAGAAAAAAGAAAGCAAAAAAAAAAAAAGUUUAAAAAGUUUAAAAAUAAUCCCAUUAGGUAUCAGUUUUCAAAUUGAAAUCUAAAUUUAAUUUGAUUAAGGUUAAUUGAUUUAAAAAUUCAGUUCCCAGUUGCACUAGACACAUUCAAGUGCUCAAUAGUCACAUACGAUCAUAAGGACUUUUGGUUUUAUUCCAAGCUAGAAAGGGAGCACUGAUGGGUUCUGAGCAAAGUAGUAACAUAAUCUGAUUUAAGAUUACUUUGCUAUGUCAGAGAAUAAAUUUAGGUGAAGCAGGGGCAGAAGCAGGGAGACCAGCCAGUAAGCUACUGCAGGUAGCAUCAGACGAGGAGUAACCGUUGCCCUGGACCACAAAGCCACUUAGCGGCAGAGCCUCGCACCCGCGAAGAUUACUAGGGAGAUGUUUUUACCCCUGAGGACACCUGAGCCCUUAAGUGGGGCAGGCUCGGAGGGAGGGGGGCUGAUAAGGCGAGUUCAGGCAGGGCAAUCAUGAUGGGCGUGUGAGUUCUGCUCAGAAUUUUGACAAAAGGGAGGGUCUUGGCUUGAAGACAGAGCAAGGAGUCAUUUAAGGAUACUGGAAGGGCAUAAGCGGAAGCUCGGAUAAAAAGCACUGAAAUUCUUGAGCUGGCGGCAGGGCCGAACCUAGCUCUGUGAAAGAUCCUUUCUUGCCACAUCCUCUCUAAGCCAGGCUGUGAGGAACGCGGGGAACGAAGGAGAAUGGUGGUGGUGGGGUCAGGAAGGGGCAGGCCCAAGGUGCAUCUUUUAGGUUCUGAUGCUGGAAGCAGCCUCCCGCGCCCCUGUAUUCCUCUCACCGGCGAAGUUUGCCCGGGAGUGACUACCUCCCAGGCAAAAAUUUAGUCUGGUUAAACUGGUAAGUGCAGGAAAGCCCGCCGAUUGGCGUCCGGGGAACGCCUGCAGGGUAACAGCACCCGCCCAAGCGCCACAAGGGUGGGGGCCAAGGCCCGGGCUCUUCCGGGGCGAGCCCUGCCAGAAGCAGGAGGAGGGGCGGCCCGGCGGGCACGAACCAAUCACUACAGACGCUUCCACGUGACUCGCAUUGACCAAUAGGAGGCCGUAGUGAUAGCGACGGGGAAAUUCAAACGUUUGCGGAAAGGAGUUUGGGUUCCAUCUCUUCAUAUCCCCAGCUCCGCUUACUGUAGAAAUGGAGUCUGAGGAUUUAAGUGGCAGAGAAUUGACAAUUGAUUCCAUAAUGAACAAAGUGAGAGACAUUAAAAAUAAGUUUAAAAAUGAAGACCUUACUGAUGAGCUAAGCUUGAAUAAAAUUUCCACUGAUACUACAGAUAACUCGGGAACUGUUAACCAAAUUAUGAUGAUGGCAAACAACCCAGAGGACUGGUUGAAUUUGUUGCUCAAACUAGAGAAAAACAGUGUUCCUCUAAGUGAUGUUCUUUUAAAUAAAUUGAUUGGUCGUUACAGUCAAGCAAUUGAAGCGCUUCCUCCAGAUAAAUAUGGCCAAAAUGAGAGUUUUGCUAGAAUUCAAGUCAGAUUUGCUGAAUUAAAAGCUAUUCAAGAACCAGAUGAUGCACGUGACUACUUUCAAAUGGCCAGAGCAAACUGCAAGAAAUUUGCUUUUGUUCAUGUAUCUUUUGCACAAUUUGAACUGUCACAAGGUAAUUUUAACAAAAGUAAACAACUUCUUCAAAAAGCUGUAGAACGCGGAGCAGUACCACUAGAAAUGCUAGAAAUUGCCCUCCGGAAUUUAAACCUUCAAAAAAAGCAGCUGCUUUCAGAGGAGGAAAAGAAGACUUUAUCAUCGUCUGCAGUAUUAACUGCCCAAGAAUCAUUUUCCAGUUCACUUGGGCAUUUACAGAAUAAGGUCAACAGUUGUGAUUCCAGAGGACAGGCUACUAAAGCCAGGUUUUUAUAUGGGGAGAACAUGCCCCCACAAGAUGCAGAAAUAGGUUAUCGGAAUCCAUUGAAACACACUAACAAAACUAAACAGUCAUGCCCAUUUGGAAGAGUCCCAGUUAACCUUCUAAAUAGCCCAGAUUAUGAUGUGAAGAGGGAUGAUUCAGUUGUACCAAGUUUUAUAAAAAGACAGACCUCUAGAUCAGGAUGCCGAGAUUUGGUUGUGCCUGGAUCUAAACCAAGUGGAAAUGAUUCCUGUGAAUUGAGAAAUUUAAAGUCUGUUCAAAAUAUUCAUUUCAAAGAACCUUUGAUGUCAGAUGAAAAGAGUUCUGAAUUUAUUAUUACUGAUUCGAUAACUCUGAAGAAUAAAACUGAAUCAAGUCUUCUAGCUAAAUUAGAAGAAACUAAAGAGUACCAAGAACCAGAGGUUCCAGAGAGUAACCAGAAACAGUGGGAAUCUAAGAGAAAGUCAGAGUGUAUUAACCAGAAUCCUGCUGCAUCUUCAAAUCAGCGGCAGAUUCCGGAGUUAGCCCGAAAGAUUAAUACAGAGAAACAUACCACUUUUGAGCAACCUGUCUUUUCAGUUUCAAAACAGUCACCGCCAAUGUCAGCUUAUAAAUGGUUUGAUCCAAAAUCUAUUUGUAAGACACCAAGCAGCAAUGCCUUGGAUGAUUACAUGAGCUGUUUUAGAACUCCAGUUGUAACAGACAACUUUCCACCUGCUUGUCAGUUGUCAACACCUUAUGGCCAACCUGUCUGUUUCCAGCAGCAACAGCAGCAAAUACCUGCUACUCCACUUCAAACUUUACAGGUUUUAGCAUCCUCUUCAACAAAUGAAUGCAUUUCAGUUAAAGGAAAAAUUUAUUCCAUAUUAAAGCAGAUAGGACGUGGAGGUUCAAGUAAGGUAUUUCAGGUGUUGAAUGAAAAGAAACAGAUAUAUGCUAUAAAAUAUGUGAACUUAGAAGAAGCAGAUAACCAAACUCUUGAUAGUUACCGGAACGAAAUAGCUUAUUUGAAUAAACUACAACAACACAGUGAUAAGAUCAUCCGGCUCUAUGAUUAUGAAAUCACAGACCAGUACAUCUACAUGGUAAUGGAGUGUGGAAAUAUUGACCUUAAUAGUUGGCUUAAAAAGAAAAAAUCCAUUGACCCAUGGGAACGCAAGAGUUACUGGAAAAAUAUGUUAGAGGCAGUUCACACAAUCCAUCAACAUGGCAUUGUUCAUAGUGAUCUUAAACCAGCUAACUUUCUGAUAGUGGAUGGAAUGUUAAAGCUAAUUGAUUUUGGGAUCGCAAACCAAAUGCAACCAGAUACAACAAGUAUUGUUAAAGAUUCUCAGGUUGGCACAGUUAAUUAUAUGCCACCAGAAGCAAUCAAAGAUAUGUCUUCCUCCAGAGAGAAUGGGAAAUCUAAGUCAAAGAUAAGCCCCAAAAGUGAUGUUUGGUCCUUAGGAUGUAUUUUGUACUAUAUGACUUACGGGAAGACACCAUUUCAGCAUAUAAUUAAUCAGAUUUCUAAAUUGCAUGCCAUAAUUGAUCCUAAUCAUGAAAUUGAAUUUCCUGAUAUUCCAGAGAUAGAUCUUCAAGAUGUGUUAAAGUGUUGUUUAAUAAGGGACCCUAAACAGAGGAUAUCCAUUCCUGAGCUCCUGGCUCAUCCAUACGUUCAAAUUCAAACUCAUCCAGGUAAACAAAUAGCCAAGGGAACCACUGAAGAAAUGAAAUAUGUUCUUGGCCAACUUGUUGGUCUGAAUUCUCCUAACUCUAUUUUGAAAGCUGCUAAAACUUUAUAUGAACACUAUAGUGGUGGUGAAAGUCAUAAUUCUUCAUCAUCCAAGACUUUUGAAAAAAAGUGGGAAAAAAAAUGAUUUGUAGUUACUGGUAAACUGUUAAAUACCACCUAUAAAAUAUAUUGGAUUGUUACACUUGACUCUCUGUGGAAAUCUACAAUUGAAGACAACAUCACUCUGAAGUGUUAUCAGCAAAAAAAUUCAGCAGAUUAUUUUCAAAAGAAAACUGUAAAAAUAGCAACCACUUACAGCACUGUAUAUAUUGUAGAAUGGUUUUCUCUGUUUUGUGCGCUUGUGUAAUCUGUUUGAUAUCAUUUCACUCUUGGAAUAGUGGGUGUAAAACAAAUAUAUUCUGAAAAACUUUGUAAAUAAAGUUUUGUGGCAUAAAAUGACACUAAAAUUU